GUUUUCGUCCGUUCAGGAAACAUCGAUGUUUGCAAUGUUGUGGUACCGCUGUCAUCACUAUCAGAUUCUGAUAAAGUUACGAAGUUUUACUCGGAAGUUUUAAUGGUUUUGCAAUAUCCUGCAUUUGAUAAUUGAAACAUCAUUAGUGCAUUUUUUUUGUGAUCUCCGCUAGAGGGGGUUCAAAUUUCAAGUGCAUUCAUUAUUGAACAAAAUGUCAUCCUUCACGGAGUCUGGUUUGGUGAAGAAACUGCUGGAAUUAAACCCCAGUCAGCAAAGCAUUCAAACUCUCUCCCUUUGGUUGAUCCAUCAUCGGAAGCACCAUUCGAUUAUCGUUAGAACUUGGCUGAAAGAGUUACAGAAAGCUCCAACAUCUAAGAAACUCACUUUUAUGUAUUUGGCCAAUGACGUGAUCCAAAACAGCAAGAAGAAAGGUCCCGAAUUUGGAAAGGAGUUUGAAAACGUUUUAUUGAAAGCAUUUAAAGUAAUUGCUCAAUCUGGCCCAGAGGAGAAGACGAUUCACAACUUAAAUCGCAUAUUGCACAUUUGGGGCGAGCGCGGAGUUUACGAGGAAGCCAAAAUCAAGGAGUUCUCUGGAGCUUUGAACCAAAGAGAGAAAAGUCCCGCAGCACCCAAAGCGGUUGUUGAGGAGAAGAAACGAAAGGCGGAAGAUGGACACGAACCUAGCCACAAUCAGAAGAAAGCGAAAUCUUCAGAAAAAAGCCAUAGCGCCGAGAAGAAAGCCAAAAGUGAGACCAUAGAGGUAAACGGAACAGUUGAGACCCAUGUUACGCUGAGUCCUCACCAGCCGGAAGGUGAUCCUCCUGAGCCGGAAGAGCUGAUAAAAGUGCUGCAGGAUCUGGAGAAUUCGGCCUCGAGCGAUGCCGUAGUACGGGAGCGGAUUGCCAAUCUGCCACCGGAAGUAUCCGAGCUGUCGGCGCUGGCAAAGUUGGAAGAUAAGGAAGCAGCUAAUCGUUUGGCUUUGAAGGUAAACGAUGCCAUAAAGAUUCUUAAUGACUAUAACGCUCGUCUGGCUACAGAAAUGGAUGAUCGCAAAAAGUUAACUACGAUGUUGAAAGAUUUCCAACGCGAGCAACAGGAACUUCUCGUACAAGCUGAACAGCGAUUACAGGAGUAUCAAUCGAAACUAUCGAAAAUCAAGGAAGUCCAGAGGGAAGUUCGUAACCAUAUGAAUAAUUUGCCAGAUCUCACUACGCUGCCAGACGUUACGGGAGGACUUGCACCGCUACCAUCCGCAGGCGACCUUUUCAACAUUCAUCACUAGGCAUCUUGAGUAAUCGUUUGUAAAUGUAGUUUUUGCCAAUUGACAUUUUUUUCUGAAUUUUAAAGAAUGGAAACGAAACCUAAUCAUUGACCAACGGUUUACCUACGAAUUGUACAAAAACUUGUACAUUGUAUUGCAUCAUAAUGUUUUCGAGAAACCACAAGACAUUGUAGUACAUGAUUGUUGAGACAAAGCACACCCUACAUUCAAUAUUGUAUAGAGUUCUUAACAAGAUGAUUUGAAUCAAAAGAAUGAAAGCUUAGUCGAUAGUUUUAUCUAGAUACAAUAAACCUAAAGUGUGUUGCAGCAGAAAA